AGAGUCGACAGGUUGAAGUUCGAUGGUGUAUGGUCGACAUUUGCAACUUCAAAAUAAUUUUAUGAGAUUUUAGAUUUUAGGUUAUAUUGUUUAGUACUUCUGCGUAAUAGAUUCUGCUCAGUGUUCAUGGUUUAUGUAAUCUCAUUCAAUUACACAUCAAUCAAAUAACUUCGUACUUCUACGAGUGAUUAUUGUGUUACGACAAAAUGCAGAAUUUCGUUUGUCUUCUGGCUUUUCUUUUUAUGAUUCAAUGCGUUUCAGCAGCGGAUGGAGUUGCUUUCGGUGAUGUAUUAGCAUUAGUGUUGGGUCUUGGAAUUACUGCGAUCGGAAUAUUUGCUUGUUUGGGCCAUUAUGCUCGUCAAAGAGCUGGACUAGAUGCUUUGUAGAUUAUAUUUUUAAUCUGUGUUUUUAUUUGAUUAUCAAAUUCACUGUAAACGUUGCACCACCAAACAUAACCUAUUAUUGUUGCAUAAUAACCUAUUGGUUUUAAUUUGAUCUUGUUGGUGUUUUGAGAAAUAGUGAAAAUGCAGCGAGAGGAGAAGCAACUUGAGCUCGCCAUGGAUAAUAUUAUCCUGCGAGUGAAUGAUUUGAAAAAUUCAAUUGGGCAAAUGAUAUUUAAGAUUGAACACGAGUAUGAAACACUGCAUUGGCCAACGUUUCUGGACAACUUUGCUCUACUAUCCGGCCAACUCACUUCGUUGUCCAAAAUGUUAUCCCACGACAAAUCACCGCCGCUACGUAAUCUAACAGUUUUGCCGUUGCUACUAAGCCAGGAACGUGAUGAGGAUUUGGUGCGUUUGACAGAGAAUCGAGUUCCAGCUUUUGCUCACGAUCUAGUCCCGGACUAUCUGCGUACAAAACCCGAGCCGGAAGUGGAAAAUAAGAUGAUACAACUGGACCACAAAGCAGCUGGACUGUCGUUUGAUACAGCGCAAAAACAGAUAGCGGCUUACAGUAAGGUGGUAGGACAUGUUUGGGAAAUGGUCAGCAAGGCGAGAGAAGAAUGGGAAAGCGAUGCGAGCGUCAGGGGAGGCGCAACUCAGACGUCGUCUGUCGCCGACACUCAGACUUUGGUGGCUGCUGUUGCACUUGGCAAAGGGUUGAAAAUGAUGGUACCGCAAGGCGUCCAGCCGAACCCCCAGAACCCGAUGAUGAUGUCACCGAUGGGUCGACCGGGCAGCGGGGGUCCCCCAGGACCCCAGGGCCCCAUGAACCCAGGCCAGCAACCCGGCAUGGGCAAAGCGCCCUCUGGCAUCAAGACCAACAUCAAGGCUGCUUCCCAGAUUCAUCCCUAUGGACGAUGAACGGUAUUCAUCCUUAUGGAUUCCAUUACAGAUUCGUCCAAUAAAUGGCAUUCAUACUCAUCGACUUCACUAUUCUAUCUGCUUUACUUUAAUGGCUAUAGACUCACAAAUACUAUUGGAACACAUGGAUUUUCUCACCAACAUUUGUGAACAAAAGUACAAUUGAAACAUACCAUAUGGAGUUCAUAGUGGAUGGACUUUUCCAUGGACUCAUUUGAAUCAUUUUCUUGGAAUAUUCAACUAAAAUACCAUUGAUGCAUUAAAAGAUGAAUAUUUUACAGUAAGAUGUUAAAUUAACUCAACAUAAAUAUAUCUAUAUAUUUUAUUGGUAAUCAAUUGAAAAGAAUUGAUUUUACAGUAAGUAGAAAUUCAUAUUUAUUAUAAAUUAUUUUGAAAAUAUAUAAAUGGAAUAUCAUUUGUUAUACUUACCAUACAUAUUCUAGUUCAAAGUGAUUGGAUACUCAAUUUUGAUAUAGAAGUAAAGUACAUUGAUUUUGGUAGCCUAUUCAUUCUACAAUGAAUAUGGAAACUUUAUGAACAAUCCAUAUUACAUGUAGAAUUGUUACAAUUCUAAAGUAAAAAUUGUUUACAAUUCUUAUAAAGUUUUAAAAUGAUUCAUCAGAUCAAAAAUAAUUACUCAAUUUCAAAAUGGGUGAAAAUCGAGAUUAAUCAUAAUUAUAUUUAUUUAAAAUAUCGUAUUGAAUAACUUUGAUUAUCUAUAGACAAUUCGAAUACGGUACAAUAGUUCAAAGUGGUUGGGUGAGCAUUUAGACAAUAAUUUCAUUUGAAUAGAAAAUCCCGUUUAUUGAAAGUUGAUAUGAAUCUUUCCUUUGGAAACAUUAGUACAAAUCAGAGCUUCCCUGUUCCACUAGUAAACGUACUACUUCCUUUACACCUUGAAUACAUGAGUUUGAAUUUUGAUUUUUACAGACCACACUGAAAAUAAUUGAGUGUUUCAUUGCUCUGUGAAAUAAAUUAUCACUCAUUGAUGAAUGAAAAAAGAUGAAAAGUGAUAUGGUCGUCUCAUUUCAUUUUGCUACAAAUAGUCAAUCACUGAUGGAUUGUAUUUAUGUGAAGGAUUGGAGAUUAGUGUAAGGUAAGACUAUGUUUGAUACGUGCCUACCAAAUAAGCCUCAUAUUCCAAGUUGCAAUAUAAUGUAUUUUAAUAAUGUAAUGUACUUGUAGAUUUUGUGAAAGUUUCUGAUAUUAAUACAAUUUAUUGAAAUUA